AUGGCCGAGUUCGUCGUGAUCAACGGCAGGUCGGCCUACAACGCCAUCUUCGGGAGACCCAUCAUCCAUUCGUUCCAGGCGGUUCCCUCAACACUUCAUCAAGUCCUGAAGUACUCAACUCCUAAUGGAGUGGGCACGAUCCGAGGGGAGCAGAAAACUUCAAGGGAGUGCUAUGCCUCCACGCUCAAAGGGUCAUCGGUAUGCGCCCUAGAAGAACAAGCCAACGGGGACGAGUUGCUGAAGUCCGAGGCCGACCUACCGAAAGCAGGUAAAAGGGAAUUCUCCGCACCGAUAGAGGAACUCGAGCUUGUUCCUUUGCUUAGUCUUGAAAGACAAGUAAGCAUAAGAACCAAGUUGGGGGCCACUGAUAGGGAGGAGCUGAUCAACUUCCUCAGGUCCAACUCAGACGUUUUUGCUUGGUCCCAUGAGGACAUGCCGGGCAUCGACUUGAAGAUCAUGGUUAUGCCCUUCGGCCUAAAGAAUGCGGGGGCGACCUACCAAAGAAUGGUGAACAAAAUGUUGGCCAAGCAGAUCGACUGGAAUAUAGAAGUGUAUGUAUACGACAUGCUUGUCAAGAGCAAGCAGUCAAAGUCGCAUCUUUCCCAUCUGACCGAAGCAUUUGAAGUUCUCCGGAAGUAUCAAAUGAAGCUCAAUCCAGCCAAGUGUACCUUUGGAGUCUCCUCAGGGAAGUUCCUUGGUUUUAUGGUAAACAACCGGGGGAUCGAAGCCAACCCAGAGAAGAUAAAGGCCGUGCUCGAGAUGGAGACACCCAAGACUCUGAAGCAGCUUCAGUGCCUCAAUGCCAAGCCACGGCCAGGAGACAAGCUCCACUUGUACCUGGCAGUGUCCGACAGCGUCGUCAGCUUGGCACUAAUCAAGCAAKAGGGAGUACGCCAAAGUCUCAUUUAUUACACUAGCAAAGUCAUGACCAAGGCCGAGACCAGAUAUCCCCAAAUGGAGAAGCUGGCCCUCGCCUUAGUCAUCUCGGCCCGAAGACUUAGGUUGUACUUCCAAGCCCACACCGUCGUAGUGCUUACCAACUUGCCCAUGAAGAACAUCUUCCAUAAGCCAGAGACAUCUGGGCGCCUGAUGAAGUGGGCAAUGGAGUUGAGCGAAUACGACAUCCAGUUCGAGCCCAGAACUGCGUUGAAAAGGCAAGCGGUGGCAGAUUUCAUUGCGGAGCUCACCUUACCACCUCAGUCGGCCGAGUCCGACCUUCCGUGGACGAUCUACGUUGACGGAUUUUCCAAUGAGAGAGGGUACGGGGCAGGAAUCCUCUUGCUCGCACCAGGUGGCGGACGGUUUGAGUAUGCCCUGCGGUUCAAUUUUCGGACUUCAAAUAAUGAGGUUGAGUAUGAAGUGCUUCUAGCGGGCCUGCGCGUUGCCAAAGGACUGGUGGCCAUCCACAUCAAGGUCUUCAAUUACUCUCAGCUGGUCGUAAAUCAGAUUAAGGAGGAGUAUCAAACAAAAGAUUCCUUGAUGGAAAAAUAUCUAAGCAAAGUCAGAUCCUACCUUGCCCAGUUCGACACUUACGAGGUGAGUCAAAUUCCAAGAUCAGAAAAUUCCAACGCAGAUGCCUUAGCCAAAUUGGCAUCAGCGUAUGAGACCGACAUAGCCAGAUCGGUCCCGGUUGAGAUCUUGGACAAUCCUUCAAUCUUGGAGCCAGAUGUGAUGGAUGUUGACACUUCAGCACCCUCGUGGAUGGAUCAAAUCGUGGAGUUCAUCAAAGGAAAUCUGCCGCAAGAUUCAAAGGAGCAAAAGAAGAUGGUGCGAAAAGCAGCUCGGUUUAUACUCCGAGAUGGAGCAUUGUACCGACGUGGGUUCUCUCUGCCUCUGCUUAAGUGUGUAACUCCUGAAGAAGGCAUUUACAACCUUAGGGAAAUCCAUGAAGGAGUGUGUGGAAACCACUCUAGCGUCAGGUCGUUAUCGGCCAAAGUGGUUCGACAAGGGUAUUAUUGA